AUGGCCCUCCCUAGCAAACAGGAAGUCAAUGACCUUGUGAAUGGCCUUGCACAGGCUGCUCAGGCAUACUCUGAUGCUCCGGACCUUAAUGGGUACAUGUCCCGCGUGCACGUUCUGGAAAAAGCCAGGGCACUCACAAAUGCCCUCAUCACGCCAGACCAGAAACCAAACUACCAUGGCCUCAAUAUCGCAGAGCUGGUCGCCAUCCGAACCUUCAUGAGGCUCAAGGUCCUCGACGCUAUCCCCGCAAGUGGCUCCAUAUCCCUCAAAGACCUCUCCCAGGCCACCGGCGUGCAAGAUUCGCUCCUUGAGCGUAUGGGACGCGUCCUCGUCGCUUCCGGCUUCCUCGACCAGACCGAGCCCGAUGGCGGAGAGUACAAGCAUACCAAGUUCUCCCUAGCAUACAUCCUGGACAAGCCUGCCCCUGGGCACUUGUUCCUCGCCAUGUACGACGAAUGGUUCAAACACAUGCACAACUUUGACGACUACCUUGUCUCGAAAGGCAAGUUUCAAGAACCUCAGGACCCCCUAUACAACCCGUACACUGCCUACUACAAGCAAGAGGGAACCCCUGUUUGGAGCAUCAUGAUGCAGCACCCCGAGCGGUUCCAGGCCUUUCAGACUGGUAUGUCAGGCAUUGACGUUGCAAUUCCGGUUACUGGUCACUUUGACUUUAGCUCGCUCAAGAAUACUGCUGAAGAGGAGACCAAGGGGGCCGUGGAGCUUGUCGAUGUCGGGGGCGGCGAGGGAGUGGUUCUUAACAAGAUUCUGGAGGCUCACCCUGACCUCACACCCAAGAAUUGUGUACUUCAGGAACGCCAAGAGGUUAUCCAACUUGCCAGGAGAAACGAGAACCUCCCUGAAAGUGUCCAGCUUGUCGAACACGACUUCAUGGAAGAACAGCCCAUUAAAGGUGCUAAAGCCUACUUCAUGCGCAUGAUACUUCACGAUUACGCCGACCCAACCAGUACCCAAAUACUCUCCCGCCUUGCCGAAGCAAUGUCCCCCGACUCCCGAGUCCUCAUCUGCGAGAUGGUCCUACCUCCACGCGUGGGAGAAGCAGACUUUGCUUCUGCUGUCCUUGACCAAGCUGUUAUGACCAUGGGAGGCAAGGAGCGAACGGAAGAGGGUUUCAAGAAGAUUCUGGAGGCUGCUGGUCUCGAACUCGUCCAUACCUGGCGUGUUCCCGGGGUCCCUGGUGGGUGUGUAGAGGGGAGACUCAAGAGAGCAUCUUGA